AUGUUCUCCUUCAGCCCGUGUCGUAUCGGCUUCCAGGCGACCGACUUCCUCAAUAAGUACUUCCGGAAUGGGCGCCGGAAGUAUGGCGAGAGCAUGAAUGACUACAUCACCAGGAAGAUGGAAACGUAUUGGCGUCAGGUGCACUCGGGGUCCGACAGUACCAACCUAGAACUCCUCCCGGAGUUCGUGCAAGCUUGGUACUUAUUGGCCGACGCCGGCCUCUCAGUUCAAGAAAGGAACAUCAUCCACACAGCUGUGAAGGGGAACUACACUCUCAGUCGAGUUGCUCAUGAACUUCGAACUCAACAUGGAGAAGACGGCGGUCGAGCUCGCCCCGCUGGUCAAGCCUACCUCGGCAACAUGAACGAGGACUACGAUCAGGAUGAGAACGAGGACGACACCAUCGAGGAGCUCUUCGCCGUCGGCGAGGACUUCACCGAGGAGGAACAGAAUGAGCUCCAAGAGAGCCAACAGGAGAUUGAGAGUGCACAUGCCAUCAUGCAGGACGCCCGACGCACCCUUCGAGCAGCUCGCGAACGACAACAUCAAGUGAAGAUGUCUCGGAAAUUCUUCCGGGGGCCUGGGAAGGGCACCUCAGCACGCCCUCCCGAUGAUAGCACUAUGACAUGCUUGAAAUGUGGGAAGGUCGGCCAUCGGGCAAGGAAUUGUCCCAAUCCCGAGGCUCCCAAGAACAACCAGGGCAAGCAAAGCGAGUCCGCCCCCUUCGUGUGUUUCGCGGGACAAGAGCCACCGGAGAAUGAGGCGCUCUCGCCCUCCAGUGGACCUACAACCCAGGCAGCCAUCACGGAAGGCUACUGCGUGGUAGAUGGUGGGGCGACUAAGACUCUUGGUUCCGUGAAGGCCUUGGAGGACCUGUUCGCCCGGAACCUGGCCAAGCACGGCAAGACGCGAUUGCAGGAGAUCAACACGAAGGACAAGCCAGUGUUUGGUUUUGGGAACAGUUCAGAAGACCAGUGUGUGUCAACCAUCAAGUUGGGCAUCCAGGCCAACGGUCAGCCGGGACAGAUCACAAUCCACGCGCUAGAAGCGGGACAGGGGCCUAUCUUGCUAUCCGUGGAGGCACUGCGGAAGUUGGGUGCGAUCAUAGAUUUUGAAGAGGACCUGGUUACGUUCAGGAAUCUUGACAAGUACAAGGUCGUGCCGCUAUGCAGGUCGCAAACCGGCCACCAGCUCCUCGACCUCUCGGAGGAUUUGUUUUCGAAAGCCCAGAGCACCAACAAAGCGGAUCUAAGCUCCAGCCCUUCCGGGAACCUUGUGCAGCUCACAGCCAUGAUGAAGAUGUCGAUGUCCCAGUUGCGCCAGGCCAUUCAGGAGCGGGGCGAAAGUCCGCCCCAGAACUGGGGCAAGAUCGAAUUGCGGGACCGCCUGACCGAGUUGAUGAACGAGGCCGGGGAGUCCACGACUACGAAGACCAAUCUUCGAGAGUGGGUGUCCCAGUUGAAUCGCGCAAGCCGAAAGAAGCAGGAGCUGAUCACUUUCUGUACCGACCGCCUGAAGAUUGCCUUGACGGGUCACGAGACCAUCCCGGUCUUGCAACAAAAGGCCAUGAAGGUGAUCUACAGCGUCUCCAUUCCCAGCGCCCUCGACACGGUGGGGUUCGGCAAGUUCGCUUCCAAGACCUACGGCCAGAUUCUCCGCGAGGAGACCAAGUACAGCCAAUGGGUGCAGGAGACCUAUCUCGAGGGAGGCCAGUCCUGCGAGAUUCACCUACAGCGGCUGGCCACGUGGUUGAUCGAACAGACCGACCGCAUCUCGGAGACCGAGGAGGAGACGCCGCACAAGAUCACCGACACGAUUACGCCCAAGGUGACCGACAAGAAUGCCUGGGAGACGGAUGUGUUCCUCAAGAAGGACAAUGGCAAGGGCCGUGGGAAACCCUUCCUUGCACACAAGGAUGCCGGCUAUCGCAAGGCCGCCGACAAUGGUGCGGCUUCGAGUGCCAGUGCCAGCAGCGACAAGGAAGACCUCAAAGUGAUGAAGGAGACGGUGGCGGCUCUGAAGGCAGAGCUCAACAGCCUUCGGGGCAUCAUGUCUCCCAGCGAUUUGCCACGGAAGAAGAACAACGAGGCCGAGGGCAACAAGGGUGCCGACACCGAGACGACGGAGACCGACCAGAGUUUCCAGAUGGAACUUGAGAAGAAGCGGAGAGAAGCUCUGAGAGUGUAUGUGGGUUGCAGUGUCAUCUUGCACCAUUGCAUCCAGAAAGGCAUACAUGUCACAUGGGAAUUGUCCGAGCGUUGUGAUGCCUGGAGGUUGCCGUUGAUUCAAAACAUUCUGCGACGGUAUCAACUGUACACCGCGGUGUUGAAGGGAUGCCGGGUUAACCUUCGGGACAACAAGAACCGACUUCUCCAAAAGGGUUGGAAGAUCAUGACGACACAAGCGCGCAUGGCUGAAUUGAUGAACAAACCUUGUAGGUGCCACGGGAAGUACGAACAUGGGCGGUGCGAAGGGGCCAUGGCGGGGAAAUCAGCUUGUUACACGCCGGAGUUCACGAAACUGGUGGUGAGCGGAUUGCAACAAGAGUUGAGUUUCUACGGGGUCCAACAGGAGGGGCAAGGUAUCUCCCAGACGCCUGACCUGUUCGGUGGCGGUGAGACUUGCGUGUGUGAUGCCACUUGUCAGUCCGGACAUGUUCAGACUUGCAGUUGUUGUGUUCUUGGUAGGGAACAUGUGCCAGUGCUGCAUGAGAGUUUCGUGUCUGAGCAGAAAGAAGAGGACGAGAGUGAGAGACAGGCACGAGAACAUGUCAGUCGGGGAGAGCUGUCUUUCAAACAUAUGGACCAAUUCCUGAGCACCUUAGACCUGAACCUUCCCCGAAAAGGUAGAGGGAUGCUGGGAGGCGCGAACACGAGGCCCGCUUACUUCCAAUUUGGGGCAUACAGCUACGGCAAGUUCUCAGGAAAGAGUCAUAGGACCCAGGAGCACCCAAAGCUUUGUCACUACAUUAACGCCUUCUUGAAACAUCAUCUCGGGAACGAAGCUACUUGGUCAUCAUUUGUCAUCAGCAUUGACAAUCGGUUACCCCUCCACCGGGACAUCCACAACAAGAAAGGACAGGACCAUGAGGAAGGAAAAACCGGGCACAAGGAGAACACACGAGAUCACGAGAAGAGUUCCUCUAGCAAUGCCCCUCCUGCGAAGAAUGAGACUGGUCAAGUGAGGCAGAUCACAGCUGAAGCAGCGCGCCAAGCAAGAAGAGUAGAGAUGACACAAGAGUGGAACGAUGAGGAUGAAGAGCUCAACUUUGUGAGAUUGUGUCAAGAGUUUGAAGGUUUGGUUCAAGGAGAGCUGAGAAGAGUUGAGGAGUUUGAUAUCUCUUCGAGCGAUGAAGUGGAAGAGAUCGAGGAGGAACCGACUGAUGGUUUGAUGGAGUGGUACCAAGGAUGGUGGUUCUUGGAAACAGAAGUUGAAAGAAGUGUGAGAAUGGUUUCUGAAGGAGAUGAUGUGAGAAGAACAGCAAGAGAAGUGGAUGCAUGUGAGGUAGUGCUCGACAGUGGAGCUGACUGCCAUGUGUUGCCUAUGGAUUGGGCAGAAGAAGUCGGAGAAACUUCGAACUUUGAGUACCAUCUGAAAGAUGCGCAAGGGAAAGUGAUCCCAACGCUGCCUGUGAGGCAGAAUGUGACGUUUGUUUUCACGAAGGAGUCUGGAAAGAAGUUGAAGAUCACUGACAGUGCUGUUUGCGGCAAUGUCACCCAACCUUUGUUUGCGGUAGGAAAGAUGUGGAAGCUAGGUUGGGGUACGGUGAAUGAAGAUGGAAGAUUGCUGGAGCGAGAACUGAAGAAUGAGUUGAAGAGCAAAGAAGAUGAAGAUGGUUGGUUUGUGCUAAAUGACGGCACGCCUGCAAGGUUUGAUUGGUUUAUGGGGAAGACGUUUGACCCAACGGGAAAGAUGAAAAGAAGUGGAGAAAGAGUGUUGAAUGAAGUGGAUUGGAAGAGUAUGGAUUUCUUUGAGUGUACGGAGAUCUGGAAGGAUCGCGAAAGAGUGCAACUUGGGGCGAGUCCUCAAGCAAGGUUUGAGGUGAUGGUUACCUUGUUGGAAAAGGGAUUGAAGGAACCGAGUGACUAUGGGUUGCUCACGAACUUGGAAGAGCUUGAAAGAGAACUGGCACAAGAAGGAGUGCCAAUGGAGGUCACAGGUACCUCCUCAGGUUCGAAAGACAAAAAGGAAAGUGAGAAAGAGGCAUAUCAGCCGGAGCUCUUGCAACUUUCGGUUGGAGCUCCAUGGGAUCAUCAGCUGAAGGCUUUGAGGUUUAAGAAGAAGAGAAUUGUGCCUAUUGAUGAUGGGCCAGGACUGCCAAGAUUGGCGGUGGAAACUGACACAAGAGUAGAAGAGGAAAAGAGAAGCGAGCCUUCGCCGCCAAGCGACCGCCAAGGAAGCUCAAGUUCUUCUAGUAAGAGUUCGUCGCUGUCUGGAGCAACGCCAGAAGCAAUGGACGACGAGAGCGAUGACGAUGACGAUGAUCCAGGAGAGGUGAGAACAAAGAGAAAAGCGGAAGAUGAAUUGGUGCCCGAUGAAAUGACGUUGGAAGAGUUUCAAAGAGAAGUUGCAAAGAGGAAUGCAGAAGAAGAAGGAGAAGGGUCACCGAAGAAAGAACCAAGAGUAGACGAAGGAACUGGAGAGGUAGAAGAAAGAGUUGAAAAGGUGCCAAGACUUGGAGACGAAGCACGAGGAAGUGCGGCGCGAGUGGAAUACCACAUUCGGAGAUUCGCCAAGAGCGAGGAUCCCGAAGAGCAUGGAGAUGAGUAUGUUGAUCUCGACGAGACACAGCUGUUUCUGGAAGAAAGUCGAGAGUUCCAGAGCAAGUGGAACGAGAAGGUGUGUGAGACAGAAGAGGACCUAACGGCCGUCCAAGGGCUGAAACAGUUGAUGGACAAGCUUCAUGAGGAGGACUCCGAGAUUUCAUCGGAAGAAGCACUCGCCACAGCUGUGAGGAGGGAACAGAUUCGAGGGUUUUCUCCGGGUCAAUUGGCUUUAGGUAGAAACGGGGAUGAGUCGGAUCGUUUUGUGCCUACGGCCAAUGGACUUCCACCCGAUCUUCUGGUGGAGAAUGCUUCAGUGGAGUUUGAAAGGGACGUUCAGCGAAGAGCAAUUGCCGAGCGGGCACAUGCGAGCUGGCACGCGAACCAAAGGACAAAGUUGCGGAAGAAAUCGGAGGUAACCAGUAUGAGGAUAUAUCCCGAGAAGCUCCCGACGAUAUUGAAUGGAACCGCGCUCAAGACCCGACCCAGGAAGCUCCUCCUACCAGACAUCGGAUUACCCAUAAGCGACCUCCUCCCCAAGCUCAGCCCGGUGAUGAUGAUGCUAUGGGAGAGGCUGCAAGUGCCGCGCGACCACGUCUACAGGAGAACCAACAACAGGCCAGUUUCGCAGACCAUGGGUGGUGGAAUCAAGUUCCACACGAAUCAUGGAAUCAGGAGAUACCAAGACCCUUCAUACGAGCACCGCUCAACAACCUCUCCUGUAAUGAUGCGUCAGACGCGUCAGAUGUUUCUCCAAUAUGCGGCCUGGAAGAAGUGGACCAUGAAGAAGGGGGACGUUUCAGGAGCGUUCCUUCAAGGACGGGAAUAUCCGGAUCUUCUUCAUUGCAUUCCGUGUCCAGAGAUUUUGGCUGAAAUGGGAUUGCCACCAGGUUCAGUGACUCAGCUCAAGCGAGCCUGUUACGGAUUGGUGGACGUUACUCAGACCAAACAAGGUUUCGAGCUUUCCCAACCGGACUACACGCGUGACAUCAAAGAGAUCCCGCUCAAUGCGAGCCGACGGAAGGAGGAUGAUAGUCCUAUCAAUGAGCGAGAGAGAACGCAGCUGAGAAGUUUGUUAGGUGCACUAAGUUGGCAUGCGCAACAGGUUGCUCCCCAUUUCUCUGCCGAAGUGUCAUUGCUGCUCUCGGAAACCAGUGAGGGAACUGUUCAAACUGUGAAGAAAGCCAAUAGUUUGUUGCGUCAGGCACACCUGAGGCAGGAUCACAAGAUGCUCAUUCAUGGCUUCACACCCGACACCCCCCUGGGCAUUUAUGCAUGGGUGGAUGCGGCCGUAAAUGGAGAAGACUCCUUGUACUUUGCACGGUAUCAGUGGUCUGAAAUGCUACAUGGCGAAGUAGAUGUGCGACAGCCCAACGAUGCGGUCUCUCGUGUGCCUGGCUACCUGAUCACGGAUUCGAGGAAUGUGUAUGACAAGCUCACCACAGAAGUUCUGGUGAUUAAGGGCGCCGAGAAGAAGUCGAAUAUCGAACUCUUGAGUGUAAAAGAAGCACAAAUGAGUACUGGAAUCCACGUGAGGUGGGUACAUUCAGAAGCACAGCUGGCGAACGGACUAACAAAGUCUGGACCCUCACGAGAGUUUGAACUGUUCUAUCAGAUGCAGGGCCGAUGGAGAACUGUCGAGGAUCCAUCAAUGAUGUCAGCGCGACGUCGGAAGCAAGCAGGCUUACAGCCGCUGGAAGCAGAGACUAAGGAAUCCCAUCAAAGGGAAUAUCAGAACUCUGAAGGUCUUUAG